UGUCUCGGACGUAUCACCGUGUCCGUCUAUCACCCACCUCAACGAUAUCACGCUACGCUACAAUGUGGCCGUCAGCUCAAGCAGCAAUCUGGCAACAUUCGCAUUAUUCUCAAUCUCUUUAAACCAAUUUCUAAUCGCUUUCUGUUUCUUACGGUGAACAUUAGAAAGGACUAACUUGCAGGUAACCGUUUGUUCCGUGGGCCGUAUUAAUCGGAGAAUUGGCUAUUCGCCGAAUAAUUAAGUGACCCGACUUCGAACCUAUACCAGAUUGUUUCCACGAUUACAAAUGCUGCUUACAAUUAGAUACCAAAGAUGCUUACGUCAAUAUGCUUUCCCGUCUCUAACCUAGUCAAUUAUCUGUCCUUCCAAGCAUCCGCUAAACCCUAUUCGAAAACGUGUUGAAUCACAACUCUUUGACACCGCUACGGAUCUCGUACGACGAUGCAAAAUAACUCAAAAACCAGAGAGAUGUUCAUCGUUCGUGCUCUGGAAAAAAUUCUCGCCGAUCGCGAUGUCAAGCGAUCACAUCUUUCCCAACUUAAGAAAGCCUGCGAAACCGCCCUUGACGAUCUCCGCAGUGAAAUCAGGGAGGUACCGAGUGUUGCGGGAGAGGAAAUCACCUCCAAUGCUUUGCCUCUUCCAAAAAGUGACUCCAAUGUGAUUUCUGCUGAAAAGUAUUUUCUCCCAUUUGAGUUGGCCUGUCAAAGCAAAUGUCCGAGAAUUGUGGUCACUGCUCUUGAUUGUUUGCAAAAACUGAUAGCGUAUGGUCAUCUCACCGGUAAUGUUCCCGAUUCUACAGAGCCCCAAAAAUUAUUGAUCGUGCGUAUCGUUGAGACAAUAUGCGACUGCUUCAUGGGACCGCAAACAGACGAGGGUGUUCAACUGCAAAUCAUUAAGGCUCUUCUAACCGUCAUGACAAGUCAACAUGUCGAGGUCCACGAGAGAACGGUUCUUCAAACUAUACGUACCGUUUAUAACGUUUAUCUUGCCUCCAGGAAUCUAGUUAAUCAAACUACUGCUAGGGCAACACUCACGCAAAUGAUAAACGUCAUCUUUGCACGCAUGGAAACUCAAGCGGAAGAGGAAGCUUUGAGAAGUGACACAGGCCAGCACGAAAUUUCUACAACUCUGAGAGCAGAAACCGAAAGCAAUGUUGUAAACAGCAAAGAGCCGGUAUCCGACAGUUCAACAGAGGCCCAGAUAUUGGUCAAGUCUAUCCUUGAUCAAGUGGUAAAUAAUGUCACUACAGAAGAUUUUAAUCCAAUAUUGGUUUCUGGCGAAGUCAAUCUAGACCAAGUUCCAGUUGACGACAACACGGACGAGGGUACAGUGGAAAGCGAUAAUAUGGUGACAGCUAAAUUCACACAUGUACUUCAAAAAGAUGCAUUUCUCGUAUUCAGAGCACUUUGCAAGCUUUCUAUGAAACCUCUACCAGAUGGUACACCGGAUCCAAAGUCUCACGAGUUGCGGUCUAAGAUCCUAUCUCUCCAGUUGCUCCUUGGAAUCUUGCAGAAUGCUGGUCCGAUUCUACGAUCGAAUGAAAUGUUUGUGAUAGCUAUAAAGCAGUAUUUGUGCGUUGCACUAUCUAAGAAUGGCGUCUCCUCCGUCCCUGAAGUCUUUGAGCUCUCGCUGGCUCUGUUCCUUGCUUUAUUAGCGCGUUUCAAAGUACAUUUGAAGAUGCAGAUUGAAGUAUUCUUCAAGGAAAUAUUUAUGAACAUAUUAGAGACCUCCAGUUCGUCGUUUGAACACAAAUGGAUGGUUAUACAUGCCCUGACUCGUAUUUGCGCAGAUGCUCAAAGCGUCGUUGAUAUCUACGUUAAUUAUGACUGUGAUCUUUCUGCGGCGAAUUUAUUUGAAAGACUUGUUAACGAUCUUUCUAAAAUUGCGCAAGGACGUCAAGCCCUAGAGUUGGGUGCGUCGCCAAAUCAAGAAAAGUCAAUGCGUAUUCGGGGACUGGAAUGUUUAGUCUCAAUAUUAAAAUGCAUGGUCGAAUGGAGCAGGGACCUUUACGUUAAUCCGAGUAUUCCAGCCGACCAACAGCUACCGUCUGAGCCGCCCGAUCCACCGCUCGAACCACCUCUGCCUCACUACGGUAGUGCUGGGAGUCUUUCAUCCGCAAAUUCCAGUCUUACUGGCAACAAAGAGAUUCCCGACUCCCCGGAACAAUACGAAGUGCAAAAACAUCAGAAAGAAGUCUGGGAGGCUGGGAUUGAUAUAUUCAAUCGUAAGCCCAACAAAGGGGUUCAGUAUUUGCAAGAGCAAGGUUUACUCGGUGGUUCAAUAGACGAAGUCGCCCGUUGGUUGCACAUGGAUGAACGCCUUGACAAGACUGCCAUUGGUGAUUUUCUAGGGGAUCACAAUCACAACCAGGUGAUGUAUAACUAUGUUGAUCAGAUGGAGUUUGCAGAUAGGGAUCUCGUUACGGCUUUGAGAUAUUUUCUCGAGGGUUUUAGACUGCCAGGGGAGGCUCAGAAGAUCGAUAGGCUUAUGGAGAAAUUCGCCAGUCGAUAUUGCGAAUGCAACCCAAAUAAUGGCCUAUUUACAAGCGCGGAUACUGCCUAUAUCCUUGGUUUUUCUAUCAUAAUGCUAACGACCGAUCUUCAUUCACCCCAAGUUAAAAAUAAAAUGACGAAAGAACAAUACAUCAAAUUGAACAGGCGAAUAAGCGACAAUGAAGACCUACCCGAAGAGUAUUUAUCGAAAAUAUAUGACGAGAUUGCUGGCAAUGAGAUUAAAAUGAAAUCAAACCCUAAUCGGCCUGGUAAGCAAGUAAUAUCUAGUGAAAAGAAAAGAAGACUUCUGUGGAACAUGGAGAUGGAAGUUAUAUCGACAGCAGCUAAAAAUUUAAUGGAAUCUGUCAGUCACGUUCAAGCUCCAUUUACCACAGCGAAGCAUCUCGAGCAUGUACGCCCUAUGUUCAAAAUGGCUUGGACACCUUUUUUGGCAGCGUUUAGUGUUGGUUUACAAGACUGCGACGAUCCGGAGAUUGCUUCUCUGUGUUUAGAUGGUAUACGAUGCGCGAUUCGCAUCGCGUGUAUCUUUCACAUGUCAUUAGAACGGGAUGCUUAUGUCCAAGCAUUGGCUAGGUUUACGUUGCUCACAGCAAAUUCUCCAAUAAUGGAAAUGAAAGCUAAGAAUAUCGACACAAUCAAAACCCUAAUCACAGUCGCUCAUACGGACGGUAAUUAUCUUGGGGGCUCAUGGCUCGACGUCGUCAAGUGUAUUUCGCAGUUAGAACUUGCACAGUUAAUAGGGACCGGCAUUCGACCUCAGCUCCUUGGUCCACCUUCGAAGCCACACUUCCCCUCGCCGUUGGGCAACCUUACCAGUCUCAGCCACAACAAUUCGCAUCAAACGAAUAGCCUUAUCCUCAGCUCUCUGGAUCCAAGUGUAAAAGAAUCUAUCGGAGAAACAAGUUCGCAGAGUGUCGUGGUGGCGGUAGAUAGAAUAUUUACAGGAUCCAUGCGACUCGAUGGCGAUGCGAUAGUUGAGUUUGUGAAAGCGCUAUGUCAAGUGUCGCUGGAAGAGCUUGCGCAUCCAACUCAACCACGUAUGUUUUCUUUGACGAAAAUAGUCGAGAUUUCGUACUACAACAUGGGUCGCAUCAGGCUACAGUGGUCCAGAAUUUGGCAGGUCCUUGGGGAUCACUUUGACACUGUUGGAUGCAGCCCUAGACAAGACAUAGCAUUUUUUGCUGUAGAUUCUCUGAGGCAGCUUGCUACGAAGUUUAUAGAGAAAGGGGAGUUUGCCAAUUUCAGGUUCCAGAAAGAUUUCUUGAGACCGUUUGAACAUAUUAUGAAGAAAAACAGAUCGCCUACCAUCAGAGACAUGGUCGUCAGAUGCGUUGCUCAAAUGGUUCACUCUCAGGCAUCAAACAUCAGAUCAGGAUGGAAGAAUAUAUUUAGCGUAUUUCACCAUGCCGCUAGUGAUCGUGACGAAGCUGUCGUCGAUCUUGCUUUCUCCACAACUGGAAAAAUAGUCAAUGAACUCUACGCAGAACAUUUUGGCAUUAUGGUAGACUCUUUCCAAGAUGCUGUAAAAUGUCUGAGCGAAUUCGCUUGUAACGCAUCUUUCCCGGAUACCAGUAUGGAGGCUAUAAGACUGAUUCGUUCUUGCGCGUCAUACAUCGAUGCAAAUCCUACUCUUUUCGCCGAAGGAAUGAUGGACGAUAAUGGCACAGUGUCGGAAGAGGAUAGAGCUUGGGUACGAGGUUGGUUCCCGCUACUAUUCGAACUCUCCUGCGUGGUGAGCAGAUGUAAGUUAGACGUUAGGACCAGAGCUUUAACGGUGCUCUUUGACGUUGUCAAAACUUAUGGGGCUUCGUUCAAACCUCACUGGUGGAAAGACUUGUUCCAAGUUUUGUUCAGAAUUUUCGAUAACAUGAAACUUCCCGAGCAGCACACUGAGAAAGCAGAAUGGAUGACGACAACUUGCAACCAUGCCCUGUAUGCAAUAGUGGAUGUAUUUUCACAGUUUUAUGAUACUUUGGGCCCGCUAUUACUGGAGCAAUUAUACGCUCAACUUUUAUGGUGCGUACAACAGGAUAACGAACAACUCGCAAGAUCUGGAACUAAUUGUCUUGAAAAUCUGGUGAUAAGUAAUGGUGUCAGGUUUACCGAAUCAACUUGGGAAAAAACAUGUCGAUGCGCUCUGAAUAUUUUCGAUAGUACUUUACCGACCGCAUUGUUAACGUGGAAACCGCAUUCAGCCAACAAAGAAUCUGACCUGGAAGUUAUAAACGGAGAUUUAGAGGGGCACAUAGAUAUUUUGAAGAGAACGAACAGCUUGCAGAGCCUUUCGUCCAAUGACGACCACAUCGCAAGGCUCUUCUCUGCCCUUCUAAUAAAAUGCGUCGUUCAACUGGAAUUGAUACAAACGAUAGACAAUGUGGUUUUUUAUCCCGCUACAUCGAGGAAGGAAGAUCAAGAAAAUUUAGCGCUUGCCCAAGCGGAUAUACUCAAUGGUCGAGCGUGCGAGCUCGGUGCCAAGAGUGCAGGAGAAGAUCAACAAAAAGAAGAGCAGGGAAUGUAUUGUGCAUUGACUUCCCCGCAUCUGCUACAGUUGGUCGAAUGCCUGCUGAAAUCUCAUCGUUUUGCAAAGAGUUUUAACAGUAAUCAUGAGCAGCGUAAUAAUUUGUGGAAAGCUGGCUUCAGAGGGAACGUGAAGCCUAAUCUUUUGAAACAAGAAACCCAGUCUCUCGCUUGCGCACUUAGAAUCCUAUUAAAGAUGUAUAGCGAUGAAGCACGUAGGGGUGAUUGGGCUAAGGUAGAGUCUCGUUUGGUUCAAGUAUCUAAAGAAGCGCUGGAAUAUUUCUUAGCAUUAUCUAGCGAAGCGCACAGGGAUGCUUGGACCCCAAUUCUCCUUCUACUUUUGACUAGAAUCUUGAAAAUGUGUGACAGUAGAUUCGCCGUUCAUGCGUCCAACUCUUACGCCCUUUUAUGCGAAGUGACUUGUUUCGAUCUUAAACCUGAGUUGCGGUCCGUUCUCCGGAGAUUUUUCCUAAGGAUUGGCCCUGUCUUUAGAAUCACUCCCCCGUGACGAUGAAACCUCAUACAAACACUUAUACAUAUUUUAUAACCCGUAUUAUUAUACAUUUAUGGAUAUUUAUACGAUAACAUAUUUUAUUAGUGUGAAUAUUUAUACCUGUAUAAAUACAUAACUAUAUUUAUAUAUAUAGUUCAUGUAUGAUGUACGUAGCUAGUACUUUAGUAGAUAGGUAUAAAUUAUUACGUUUAAUCACAUUAAAUAGUACGUAAAAAUUUUUGUUUUCGAAUAAUCUAUUAAAGUUUUUUUCUUUCUUAUAAAAUA